AUGUCCAAGCGCGCGGGCGGCUCGAAGGGCCGUCGCGGCGCCUCCGCCCUGCUCCGGGGAUGCGUGCACAAGGGCUGCGUCUACUUCUGGAGCUCGGUGCCCAAGAACUACCCUGAGGACUGCCCCUACUACGUCUUCAGCCAGUGGUAUCCCGCCCACUUCAUGGACCCCGAGGAUGGCCAGGCGUACUCUUCGGCCGAGCAGUACAUGAUGGCCGGGAAGGCGAAGCUAUUCGGAGACAGCGAGGCUCUGGAGAAAAUCGUGGAAACGACCCAGCCUCGCGCGGUCAAGGCCCUUGGUCGCAGCGUGAGAGGCUUCGACGAAGCGACUUGGGACCAAAACAAGUACGACAUCGUGGUGCGGGGUACGAGGCUGAAGUUUUCACAGAAUGAGGAGCUUAUGAACAUCCUGUUGUCGACGGGCGACCUGGCAAUUGCGGAGGCCGCGCCCAAUGACAGAGUGUGGGGCAUAGGUUUGGGACCAGAAAAGGCAUUGGCCACUACGUCUCGAUCUGAGUGGAGGGGAUCGAACCUCCUGGGGAAAGCCCUGGUCCAAGUUAGGGACGAGUUGAAGGAAGAAGGGCCAUCUCCUCAAAGCGAAGCGAGCAGCGCCAAGCCAUGCGGAGAUGCGGAGUGA